UACAGCUGUAUUGCGUUGAAAAUCAUUGAUACGGAUCAUAUCCUCCGUCCCUAUAAAUUACUAGUUAGGUAUCCUUGGGAAGGAUCCCCCUUUCUCUAACCAUCGUAGCUACCUCUUGAGCACUGUGCUGCAGCAUGUGGAGGCUAAAGAUCGGUGAGAGGGCAAGCGGUCACCCGUUGCUUCGUUCGCCAAAUGGCUUCCUCGGCCGGGAGGUGUGGGAGUUCGACCCCGACGCAGGCACUCCGGAGGAGCGUUCUGAGGUGGAGAGGCUGCGGCGUGAGUACACCCGAAACCGCUUCACGCAACGGGAGUGCAGCGAUCUCCUCAUGCGCAUGCAGUAUGCAGAACAGAACCUUCAUAAUACAAAUCUUCCAGCCAUCAAGAUUAACGAGGAUUCAGAAGUCACCGAAGAAGCUAUAUUAACUGUGUUGAGGCGUGCCCUUAGUCAAUACUGUUCUUUGCAAGCAGAAGAUGGGCAUUGGCCUGGUGGUUUCAGUGGGAUUUUGUUCAUUCUGCCUCUCAUGAUAUUUGCUUUAUAUGUCACGCAAUCACUGAAUGAUGUUUUAUCAUUGGAGCAUAUACGCGAGAUAUGUCGCUACAUCUACAACAUUCAGAAUGAGGAUGGUGGUUGGAGCACACAUACUUUGGGACCAAGCUCCAUGUUUGGCACAUGCGUAAACUAUGCUACCUUAAGGCUCCUCGGAGAGGCGCUUGAAGGAGAAAAUGAUGGAUUAUCCAAAGGGCGUGCUUGGAUUUUGUCCCAUGGAAGUGCAACUGCAGCACCACAAUGGGCAAAGAUAUAUCUCUCGGUAAUAGGUGCAUAUGAUUGGUCAGGAAAUAAUGCAAUUAUUCCUGAGUUGUGGAUGCUUCCACAUUUCCUUCCAAUUCAUCCAGGAAGAUUUUGGUGUUUCUGUCGGAUGGUUUACAUGCCAAUGGCUUACAUUUAUGGAAAAAAAUUUGUUGGACCUAUCACUCCAACUAUUCUAGCAAUAAGAGAUGAGAUCUACAAUAUACCAUACAAUGAGAUCGAUUGGAACAAGGCUCGCUGUUCUUGUGCUAAGGAAGACCUUAUCUAUCGCCCUUCAUGGUUGCAAAGUAUUGCAAUGGCUUAUUUGAAUAAGUUUGUGGAACCAAUGUCAAAUCGGUGGCCAAUGAAUAAGCUAAGAGAAAGAGCUUUGAACAACCUCAUGGAACAUAUCCACUAUGAAGAUGAAAACAGUCACUAUAUUGGCUUAUGUCCUAUUAACAAGGCAUUAAAUAUGAUUUGUUGUUGGAUAGAGAAACCAAAAUCAAAAGAAUUUAGGCAACAUCUUCCAAGGAUUCAUGACUUUUUGUGGCUUGCAGAAGAUGGAAUGAAGUCAAAGGUAUAUGUUGGUUGCCAGACCUGGGAGACUGCGUUAAUAGUUCAGGCCUUUUGCUCAACAGGCCUUACCGAAGAGCUUGGUGCAACUCUUCGAAAAGCUCAUGAAUUCAUGAAAAAUGCUCAGGUUAUCCAGAAUAUGCCUAAUUACAAAAGUUACUACCGUGAAAGAGCAAAAGGUUCGUGGACUCUAUCAAAUGGGGAGAAUGGUUGGCCUAUUGCUGAUACUACUGCAGAAGCCAUUAAGGCAGUACUGCUGUUGUCAAAGAUUCCUUCAGACCUUGUUGGGGAUCCAAUAAAAGAAGAACGGUUGUAUGAUGCUGUUGACUGCCUCCUUUCUUAUGUGAACAAAGAUGGUACGAUAUCUUCAGCAGAAUGUAAAAGAACCAGUUCAUGGGUAGAGUUUAUCAAUCCUUCAGAGAGUUUUCGGAACAUCAUCGUUGACUAUCCAUACGUCGAAUGCACGUCAUCCUUGAUUCAAGCUUUAAUAUUGUUUAAAGGGAUAUGUCCUAUGUACCGUCGUGAAGAGAUAGAAAAAAUCAUCAUAAGUGGUAUAUCGUUUAUUGAGAAAAAACAACGAAAGGAUGGCUCAUGGUAUGGCUCUUGGGCUGUAUGUUUCACUUAUGCGACCUUCUUUGCUAUAAAAGGAUUAGUUGCUGCAGGAAGAACAUACCAGAACAGUUUGUGUAUCAGGAAAGCGUGCAACUUCUUGCUAUCAAAGCAGCUAAGUACAGGUGGAUGGGGAGAGAACUAUAUAUGUUGUCAAAUUGAGGAGUAUGUUGAUAGUGGCAGUCCACAUGCAGUCAACACUGCCCUGGCAAUGUUAGGUUUACUUUAUGCUGGACAGACUGAACAAAACCCAGCACCAGUAUACCGUGCUUCAAAAGAACUAAUCAACAUGCAGCUGGAGACAGGGGAAUUUCCCCAACAAGAAAUCGUUGGGAACUUCAACUCCUCACUCUUCUUCAAUUACACCAACUACCGGAACUUGUUCCCCAUCUGGGCUCUUGGAGAGUUUCGUCGCCGACUUCUUGCAAAAAAAGAUUAAACUGGGCACUUUCGGUCAUUUGGGUUAUGACAAAGGUAUCUGGGAUAUACAAGUAUCCAUGUAUCUUAAAGACCCAACUUAAGGGCGCAUCAGAGUGUGACAUGAAAAUACAAAUGUAUUAUUACUAAAUU